CAAGGUCUAACAUGCAAUUUGCCCCUUGAAAUGAUAACAGUGAAAAGGAUGGGGGAAGGGAAUCAUGGGUCAGGAGGGGGGCCGCAUGGUGAGUUAGAGUAAACCAUAAGAGCCUGAUAGCAUUAGAGCUAGGCAUGAAGUAGAGCAGCUGUCAUUUGUGAUAUCUCUGCAUUUAUCCAGUUGGUCUAUCAGGGAGAAGAAAAGACAGAUCUGCAAAACCCAAUAAUCCUGAAGACACCAAUUACAAAAAGUUUGAAUGUCUGAAGCAAGGACCUCGAACGCAGGAUUACUUGUCUCCUUGUGCCUCCUGAAGAACUAUGGGUAUACAGCAUGCUCAGAGAGCAUCCCUGGCUCUCACGCUCAAUUACGUGGCGUUCGCCUUGGCCGUUUCGGCCGUCACCACUAGCUACUGGUGUGAGGGGACCAGGAAGGUGGCAAAGCCUUUCUGCAUGGGGCCGGUGAAAGUCAAGCAGACGUACUGCAUCCGCUUUAACAGCUCUAACAUCAAUGACACACGGCUGGUGCAGUACAUCUACGAGACCGGAGAGGAGAAGUUCCUCAUGAGGAAGUUCCAUGCAGGGAUCUGGUUCUCCUGCGAACAAACCGUGGACUUAAUAGGAUUUAACUGUAGGAGCUUUUUAGAGAUCACACCAGAUCAUGAAAGAGGAGUGCUCUGGCUGUGUAUUGUGGCUGAGUGUCUGUACAUUGCUCUGCUGUUCACCGGUGGAGCUCUGAUGGUGAUAGAGAUGUGUCCAUGCUUUAACUUGAUAAACAGACUCAAGGUCAAUGCCUUUGCAGCUCUGUGCACUGCUCUCUCAGGCCUUUUUGGGAUGGUUGCACAUAUGAUGUUCACCACAGCAUUCCAGCUGGCUGUCCAGAUGGGUCCAGAAGACUGGAGACCUAAGACUUGGGACUACAGCUGGUCCUAUCUUCUGGCCUGGGGCUCAUUUGGCACCUGCAUGGGCUCAGCGGUCACAGUUCUAAACCAUUACACCAAAACCAUCAUUGAGUUUAAGUUCAAGAGGAGGACCAUUGAGAAGAAACUGCGCAUCAAGCAGAAGAUCCUGGAGCUGGACAUGCCAGAGGACUUGUGGUACAUCACUUCAUUGCAGGAGCAAGCGGACCAACACGCUGCCCUGUAUGUGAAUGGCAACGAACCAUCCUGUUUCAACCCCACAAUACUGGACAACUGGGACAGAGAAUACUGCUGAAUAUUCAUGGCAAAACCACAGACAUUUCUUUGUGCAUUUAUAUCACACAUCAUAGGGCUUUGAUCAACAGAGCAGGAUAUGAACUGAACUAAAUUAUUUAGCAGUGCUGCUUC